CUGACAUGCGAGUCACCGAAAUCUAGACUGGAAUCGAGUUGUAUAAAUCGGAUUCGGGUCGGGGUUUGGUUUGUAACCCGUGAUUUCGAAUUCUCCCUCUGUGAAUAUGAAGAUUCCGGCGAUGUUUUCGAGAUUCGUCCUUAGAAUUCGGAGACCAAUAACCCCUGUUAUGUCUCUCGAUUCAAUCAGAGGUUUUAGCUCGAUAAACCCUAAACCCACAAUCCGUGUGGCGGUUUUCUGGGAUCUAGACAACAAAUCACCGGCAUCUUUCCCGCCUUACGACGCGGCCGUCAAGCUCCGGACCGCCGCGUCGUCUUUCGGGUUCGUGAAGCUGAUGGUGGCUUAUGCGAACCGUCACGCCUUCAGCUACGUUCCCGUAGAGGUUCGAGAACAGAGGAAAGAGAGGAAAUUGCUGAACCAGCUGGAGAACAAGGGUUUAGUUAAACCUCCGGAUCCUUACUUCUGCGGCGUUUGCGACCGGAGAUUCUACACGAACGAGAAACUCAUCAGUCAUUUCCGGCAGAUUCACGAGACGGAGAAUCAGAAACGUAUGAGACAGAUUGAAUCUGCGAAAGGACACCAAAGAGUGAGGCUUGUGGCUAAGUACUCGAUGAAGUUGGAGAAGUAUAAACGAGCUGCGAGGAACAUUAUGACUCCUAAAGAAGGUUAUGGGUUAGCAGAUGAGCUGAAACGAGCUUGUUUUUGGGUGAAAAUGGUGAGUGAUAAGCCAGAAGCUGCAGAUAGAGCGUUGAAAGAACAUAUGGUGGACGUGAUGGAUAAGAGAGAAGUUGAAUGUGUGGUUCUUGUGUCUGAUGAUUCUGGUUUUGCAGAGAUUUUGUGGGAAGCCAAGGAGAGGUGUGUGAGAACAGUUGUGAUUGGGGAUUUGAACGAAGGGGCGUUGAAGAGAGUAGCUGAUGUUGCGUAUUCAUGGAAGGAAGUGGUGAUGGGGAAGGCGAAGAAGGAAGUUGAGAAGGUUGUGGGCAAGUGGAAGGAUAGAGAUGUGUUGAAGAAGCUGGAGUGGACUUAUGAUCCUGCUUUAGAGAAAGAGAAAAGUUCUUGCGGCGUUUGGGAUUACGAGUUUGAUUAUGAUGAUGAUGAGAUUGAGAAUGGAACAGAGGUAGAACCUGUGGAGAUUCGAGAUGGUGGUGAUUGGUGGGAGAUGGAUAAUGGAGAUGGUGUUGGAUCUUCAAGACCUUGUCGAUAACAUCAUAGCAUUGUUGGGAUUGGUUCCACGGAGGAAGAUAGAUCACUAGAAAGCUAACGAACAACUUUUAUAUAGUUUCUAGGGCAUUAACAUGGUAUAUAGGUUCAUAAUUCUUCAGGCUACAAAACAAUCUUGUUGAAUCUGUCGGCAUAUUGCAUCAGUGACCGCAAAAGUAGAAGAUAUUCUUAUUAAGUGCAGCAUAGUAAGCUUUUUAUCUCAGUUUCUGUUCUCCUGCA